AUGCGGUUACCGCGGCUCGUGCGGCUCGUAUGGCUCGUGGUAAUAAUCAUGAGGACCCAGAUUUUAAUGCAGUUCGCGGUCGACACAUACAUCAAGAUCGAAAGCUCGCGGCUGGACUACAUAUGGGCUCAUCAGAAGGAGUUAAGGGCGGACCUGUACCAAGGCUUGGUGGACAGCGUGCAUGCCGGGGAGGGUAGAGCGGACGUAGUUGGAAAAUGGACCGUGCUGGCUACAUCAUUUAUCAGUGAACCUCGGGAUAAUAGGCAUCGAUACAUGGAUGCUAUGGCUUUAGUGCGAAAGGCGAAGCUAGAGGAACUAAAAAAGCAGUUGCUUGAUAAGCACAUGCUUGGCAAGGUGAAGGCCUACGUCUAUGUGGUUGAGUUCCAAAAGAGGGGUCUACCGCAUGCCCACUUCCUGCUCAUCAUGAAGGGGCGGUACAAGCUCACAUGUCCAGAGCAAUAUGAUUGUAUCAUCUCUGCCGAGCUCCCGGACAAGCGUAACUACCCAGAGCUAUACAAGAUGGUUGUCAAGCAUAUGAUGCAUGGCCCUUGCGGUGUGCUGAACCAUGAUUGCCCGUGCACGAAGGACCGUCCGUCAUGCAAGAAUCAUUACCCGCGGUCUUUCAACAUGACUACCUUACAAGGAAAGGACUCCUACCCGGUGUAUAGGAGACGUGAUGAUGGCCGGCAUGCAAUGGUUCGAAAACACGAGCUAGACAAUAGGUGGGUUGUCCCAUACAACCCUUACCUCCUACGGCUGUUCAACUGUCACAUCAAUGUUGAGGUAUGCUCGAGCAUAAAGGUCGUUAAAUACCUAUUCAAGUACAUAUACAAGGGCCAUGACCGGGCGUCUGUGUCUGUGAACGAGGCUGACAAGGCUGACAGGAACGGCAAUAUCGAUGAGAUCAGGCAGUAUAGGGACGCGAGAUGGGUGACCCCCCCGGAAGCCUUGUGGAGGAUAUACGGCUUUGACCUGAGCAAGAACUCACCACCUGUGAUGCAACUACAACUUCAUCUCCCGAAUAUGCACAUGGUUUCGUUUCAAGAGGGCCAAGAUAUCCAAGAAGUGCUCAAUCGGGAAGAUGCUGAUAAGUCAAUGCUGACAGAGUAUUUCAAGGCGAACAAACAACGAAGGAGACGAGAAGGUGGACAAGUUGGUAGGAUCAUGUCAGCUCUUCCAGUCGAGGGGGAACGCUACUAUUUGCGGGUUCUCCUAAACCACGUGACUGGCACCACCUCCUUUGAUGACCUAAGGAAGGUUUACGGCAAGAUCCUACCUACCUUUCGUGAAGCCGCAGAGAGAAGGGGCCUGAUCGAGGCAGACAACACAUUGGAUGAGUGUCUUACGGAAGCCGAGUUGUUUCAGAUGCCACCAUCGCUCCGAAGGCUCUUCGCAACAAUAUUGGUAUUCUGUGAGCCUAGCGACGUGCGUGGACUCUGGAACAAGCACUUUGAGGCAAUGUCUGAAGACUAUCGCCGCAGCAAUCCAUGCACACUCGCGACCCAACAAAUGGUUUUAAUAGAUAUCAGAAACAUGCUACAGUCAAUGGGUAAAGAUAUACGAUCAUUCCCUCUUCCUGAGAUCGACGAGGCACAUGACACGGCAAACGGUGUGCCUAGGGAGAUCUUUGAGGAGUCUACGAUUGAGCUUGACCAUGAGGACGCAACUCUGUUGGACUCCCUCAACACCGAGCAGAGGGCCGCCUAUGAUGAGAUUCUAUCUACUGUUGACAGUGACGAGGGCGGUGUGUUUUUUAUGGAUGGACCAGGAGGGACAGGGAAGACUUUUCUGUACAAGGCGUUGCUUGCAACGAUACGAGGGUAG